AUGGAUGCCGAUGUCGAUGCGAUCGACAUCGAUGAUGAUGAUGAGGACGAUGCUGUUUUGUUCAGCAUCCUCAACGACUGCCUCAGUGAAGACGAUGAUGCCCUCACUGGUGAAGACAACGUCCAUUCAGCAGUGCACAAGAAGCGCAUUGCUGUUUACAAGGAUAAAUUAGUUGAGAAAUUUAUGCUGACUCGCGAAGCGGUUGUCCACUUCAUUCUAGACUCUAGAGCAGAUGCAAUCUAA